AUGUUCGAGGCCUCUACACGGCACGCUCGCCCCAGAUUGACCCCAUUUGUGGGCCUCCGGCUGGGAGACGCCUCUGCACAACCAGGAAGCCGAGCCAGGGAUCAGGAGCCGCAAUUCGGGGUCAGAGCCACCACCUCUGGGAUGGCUGGUGAGAGUUUUUACGGGACCAGGUUGCCAGCCCGACCCCAACUGCUAACUAGGGGCAGGGACGCAGAGCUCCCUGGGGCAGAAUGCCCGUGCUACCCCUAUGUACCCAAAACGAGCCAGGUGUUAGGCAAUGGCUGGGGACGUAGCAAGAGCUUCAACUCAACCACGUCCUCUCUUGUGGCAACGGCGCCUCGUCGGACUAAACCCGGGUUACGAUUCGUCGUUAAUACCUUCCUAAGAGAGCCGGUUGAGCGAAUUUCAUAUAGCAGUGAAAUGCAUGCUGUGUUUAGGCCACCAGAGGACAUGAUGAAGCUCCCAAUCAGCUGGACAGAAGUUUUCCUUCUUUCUCUGGCAACUGUGCUUUGGAUGGAUUGCAUAAGGUUGAGCAAUGAUAAAGUGAUUUUGUGCAAACUUGAGAAUCAAGAGAAAAAGGACACAAUCUUUGACUUGAAGAUGGACAUCUCGCAGCUAAACCUUAGACUGAAGACAAUGCGAUGGCAGAGAGUUUUAUUCAAGAGUGAGGCUGAUAAACACACCAACCUUCUUGAGAUGAAAGGAAAGUUGCUGGUUCAGAUGGCGACGUUGCAGAAAGCCAACAGAGAUGCACAGAAAGGCAACUUCUAGUAGAUAAUAGGUACAGGGAGGUACUCUUAAUUGAGGAAAUAUUUUGAUUGAUUCAUAAGAUUAUGAUUAUGAAAAUAGUGCUCCAUGUUGCAAAUGCGUAAAGGCAUUGCUGAUAUUAUGACUGUACCGCUACUGUACAUUAAAAGAUACAAUAGUUAAAA